AUGAAGGACAUACCACUCCGAAUUCAUGUACUACUUGGCCUAGCUAUCACUACACUAGUACAAGCUGUAGAUAAAAAAGUGGAUUGCCCACAAUUAUGUACAUGUGAAAUAAGACCUUGGUUUACACCCAGAUCCAUUUAUAUGGACGCAUCUACAGUGGAUUGUAAUGAUUUAGGUCUUUUAAAUUUCCCAACCAGAUUGCCUGCUGACACACAGAUUCUUCUCCUACAGACUAAUAAUAUUGCAAAAAUUGAAUAUUCCAUAGACUUUCCAGUAAACCUUACUGGCCUGGACUUAUCUCAAAACAAUUUAUCUUCAGUCACCAAUAUUAAUGUAAAAAAGAUGCCUCAGCUCCUUUCUGUGUACCUAGAGGAAAACAAACUUACUGAGCUGCCUGAAAAAUGUCUGUCUGGGCUGAGCAACUUACAAGAACUCUAUAUUAAUCACAACUUGCUUUCUACAAUUUCUCCUGGAGCCUUUAUUGGCCUACAUAAUCUUCUUCGACUUCAUCUCAAUUCAAAUAAAUUGCAGAUGAUCAACAGUAAAUGGUUUGACGCUCUUCCAAAUCUAGAAAUUCUGAUGAUUGGGGAAAAUCCAAUCAUAAAAAUCAAAGACAUGAACUUUAAGCCUCUUAUCAACCUUCGCAGUCUGGUUAUAGCUGGCAUAAACCUCACAGAAAUACCAGAUAAUGCCUUGGUUGGACUUGAAAACUUAGAAAGCAUCUCUUUUUAUGACAACAGGCUUAUUAAAGUGCCACACAUUGCUCUUCAAAAAGUUGUAAACCUCAAAUUUUUGGAUCUAAAUAAAAAUCCUAUUAACAGAAUACGAAGGGGUGAUUUUAGCAAUAUGCUACACUUAAAAGAGUUGGGGAUAAAUAAUAUGCCUGAGUUGAUUUCCAUCGACAGCCUUGCUGUGGAUAACUUGCCAGAUUUAAGAAAAAUAGAAGCUACUAACAACCCCAGAUUGUCUUACAUUCACCCUAAUGCAUUUUUCAGACUCCCCAGACUGGAAUCACUCAUGCUGAACAGCAAUGCCCUCAGUGCCCUGUACCAAGGUACUAUUGAGUCUCUGCCAAACCUCAAGGAAAUCAGUAUACACAGCAACCCCAUUAGGUGUGAUUGUGUCAUCCGCUGGAUUAAUAUGAACAAAACCAACAUUCGAUUUAUGGAGCCAGAUUCACUGUUUUGUGUGGACCCACCUGAAUUCCAAGGCCAGAAUGUUCGGCAAGUGCAUUUCAGGGACAUGAUGGAAAUUUGCCUCCCUCUUAUAGCUCCUGAGAGCUUUCCUUCUAAUCUGGAUGUGGAAGCUGGGAGCUAUAUUUCCUUACAUUGUAGAGCUACUGCAGAGCCACAGCCGGAAAUCUACUGGAUAACACCUUCUGGUCAAAAACUCUUGCCUAAUACUGUAACGAACAAGUUCUAUGUCCAUUCUGAAGGUACACUAGAUAUAAGUGGCAUAACAUCAAAAGAAGGGGGUUUAUAUACUUGUAUAGCAACUAACCUAGUUGGUGCUGACUUGAAGUCUAUUAUGAUCAAAGUGGAUGGUUCUUUUCCCCAGGAUAACAAUGGAUCUUUGAAUAUUAAAAUAAGAGAUAUUCAGGCCAAUUCGGUUCUGGUGUCUUGGAAAGCAAGUUCUAAAAUUCUCAAAUCCAGUGUUAAGUGGACAGCCUUUGUCAAGACUGAAAAUUCUUAUGCUGCCCAAAGUGCUCGAAUACCAUCUGAUAUCAAGAUAUACAAUCUUACUCAUCUAAACCCAUCAACUGAGUAUAAGAUUUGUAUUGAUAUUCCCACCAUCUAUCAGAAAAACAGAAAACAAUGUGUAAAUGUCACCACAAAAGGUUUGGACCCUGAUCGAAAAGAGUAUGAAAAGAGUAACGCCACAGCCUUCAUGGCCUGCCUUGGAGGCCUUCUGGGGAUUAUUGGUGUGAUAUGUCUUUUCAGCUGCCUCUCUCAAGAAAUGAACUGUGGUGGUGGACAAAGCUAUGUGAGGAAUUACUUACAGAAACCAACCUUUGCAUUCAGUGAGCUUUAUCCUCCUCUGAUAAAUCUCUGGGAAGCAGGCAAAGAAAAAAGUCAACUGAAAUCAACUGUUAUAGGCGUGCCAACAAAUAUGUCCUAA